AGUCCUUCCCUGCUUUCCUGUGUUUGUGCAAGUAAAAAAAAUCGGACUGAUCCAUUUACAAAUAAGGACCACUUCCAGUUUGUUAAUCUUUUUCUCUGUGGACUGCUUUCAAAACCAAAAGAAAACCUUCUAAAGUGCUUAGUGCCAGCAUCUGCCUUAAAAGUGAAGAGAAAAGCUCUAAAACAACACCUUUUCAAAAGUGUCAAAUCUCACCUGAAAAGCCUGCCCAGAGCAUCUAUUAUGGGGUACAAUCGGGUUCACGCACUGCCUCACUUCAUCUGGAUGGUGAGAUGCAUAAGUGAGACACAGAAUGAGAAGGUGGGGAAGCUGGCUGCCAAAGGAAUAUGUGCAGAUUACAUUAAACUCAGUUUUUGUGAUGCAUCUUCAUCGGAUUGUGGAGCAGUCUGCUUUGUGUUGAACCACUACAAGAAACAGAUUGCUUUGGAGCUGGAUAAUAACAAUAUAAAUGACUAUGGAGUCAAAGAGCUUAUACCCUGCUUCAAUAAACUUCUUGUUGUUAGGCUCAGUGUCAAUCAGAUUGGAGAUGAGGGUGUAAAAGUAUUAGCUGAAGAAUUAACUAAGUAUAAGAUCAUUAGAUAUCUUGGUUUGUACAAAAAUCUCAUUACUGAUUUUGGAGCUAGGCAUGUGGCACGAAUCAUGGAAGAAUGCCCCAGUCUGAAACACAUCAAGCUCGGGUACAAUCAGUUUACUGCUGUUGGAGGUGCAUGCAUUGGACGGGCUUUGCAAAAGAACACCAAUAUUUGUGACAUUGGGAUGUGGGGGAAUCGUAUUGGAGAUGAAGGGGCACAGGCAUUUGCAGAAGCUCUUAGGAAUCACCCAAAUCUGACAGAUCUAAGUUUGACCUUCAAUGAAAUUUCUACUGCUGGAGGGAUAAGCAUUGCUGAUGCAUUACAAGAAAACAAAUCUCUUAAAAUAAUAUGGAUUAUGCAGAACCAAUUCACUGAUGAGGUA